CGUGGAGAAUGCAUCGCGACGAGGCGCAUGGGCUCUGGACGGGGUCCCAAGUCCUUCCGCAGCCGCACGCGACGCCGCGGGAGUGACGCAACCGCCGAUUGAUCGCCCGCAGCUGAGCGUCAGAGCAGCACGCAAGGCUGUCGACAACACGAUCGACCACACGAUCGACCACACGAUGAGUCCGACGGCGGUCCCGCGCGUUGUGCCGGCGCAGCUGAGCUUCCUCGCUAUCUACAGCCCUUCGCUGGGCGACUCAGACGAGACGUUUCACAGGCAGAUUGUCUUCUACUACGCGAGAGCUGCGAAGAAGCGGGAGAAGCUCAGCACUGGGCAUGCACAGCCAGAGGAGGAUCUGCGCGAGGAGGAGAACGAGAAGCUGCGACAGGUCGGAUUGGCACAGGGCAUGGUUGGCUUCGCAAGAUCGUUCUCCAACGGCGAGACCGUCGACUCGAUCGAGACGGAGAAGUCGCGCAUCGUGCUGCACGAGCUGGAGGAAGGGUGGUGGAUACUCGCCUCCGUCGACCUCACCCAGCUCCCCGCCGCGACCGGCCCGAAAGACAGCGCGGCUCCCAAAGACACGACCGCCCCGGCCGUCGAGUACUCCUCGCGCGAGGUCAGCCCGCCCGCCCUCCUGGUCCAGCAGCUGAUCCGCGCCCACGCCGUCUUCACCCUCCACCAUGGCUGGCCGCUGCAGCAGCUGUUCGAGAAGCACGGCCGGGACAAGUUCUGCAGCAUCAUCAACACAUACUGGAGUCGCUUCUCGUCCCACUGGGAUGUCUUGCUGCACGGCAGUCCCGCGGUGGACAUAUUCAACGGGCUGAAGCUGGCAGCCGGUGGCGAGUUGGGCAUGGGCGUGGGCGAGGAGGAGUGGGGGAGCAGCGAGCGCGAUGUGCUCGAGGACUUUGCGCGCAGGACUGAGGGUCUGGUCGACGUUGUAGUCUCGCGUUUUGGCGAGGCGUCACCGCUGCAGGCCAAGAAAGGCGCGGCGGAGGCGAGGGGGCGAGACGAUGGGCCUGCUGAGCCGUGGAUUGGCAGUGGAGGCAACGUGGCUGCCACUGACGGCGUUGUCUUCUCAGGCGUUGGGGGCCUGAGUCGAGCGUCACUGCGAGAUGUAUCGCACUGGAUGGAGACGAUUUACCAGCACGGGGAUCACGCAUACGGUAUUCGAGACAAUCCAACGUCUGACCGCAGGAACCGGAGGAGGAGGAGGAGGAGGAGGAGGAAUUCCAACGCGCCCACACGACAGGCAGGUCCGCCUCCUGCAGAGCCGCCCAGCGCCGAAGACCAGUUGCCGCCGCACGACUCAGGCACCGGCGAAGCACCACGCGUACCACCUCCCAUGGUCAGGGCAGUCGAGCGCUCACUGGACAAGGCAUCAAAAGCCAUCGACGAAGCCGAAGGGCGCAGUGAGCCCGCCGCGAGGCAAGAGACUGGACACAUGCUCGCAUCCCUAGGCGACACCGAGACCUGGAUGAAAUACAUGACCCUCGGAUACGGCACAGCCUGGGGCUCCAAGCAGCCCGAGCCCGAGCCCGAGCCUGCACAAAACCCAGCAGCGCCAACCCCAGAUGCUACCCGCCGCGAACCAUGCCCGGAAGCAAUGCGCUACAUCGAGCCCGCGCCGCACGUCGACGUUGUCGAAGAAAAGCGCAAGGCACAAGUGCAGGCCGAGAACGACGGAUACUUCCUUGUCGGGCUGAAAGGCAACAUGGUCGAGGCGGACAUGGACGACGAGAACGACGAGGGGAACUGGAAUGCGCGGAUCCCGCUAAGGACCGUGUAUGUCGAGCAAGUCAACAAGGGGAGCUCUGUCUCAGACUCGGACGAAACACCUGGUGAAGAGGGCAAAGAGCCCAGCUUCAACACCGCGACGACGAGACUGGAGCAGAGCCGACUGCGGCCGGUGGUAUAUGUCCACCGCCCCUUCGUAUACACCUUCCUCUUCGCGCACCGCACCUCCGCGCUCUCCCUCGCCGGCUUCUACCGCAGCUUGCACUCCUUCUUCGCCCCGCUCCACCGCUCUCUCGACCGCAACACCACGCCCACACGCGUAGCGCAGCGCCUGCUCGCCGCGCAAAACCACCAAACCACCACCACCACCUCCUCCUCCACUCACGUUGCCGGGCCGAACACGAUGCCGAUUUACGACCUGGUCUGGGACCCGCGCACGCUGACGGUGCAUUCCAGUCUGCCAAACAUUCCGGACCCGGGGACGCUUCUUGCGGAGGGGUUGAGCAGUAAAGAUGCUCCGGGGGGACAUGUGGGGUGGAGCCGUGUGGAUGCGCUGAGCGUGCACUCCCAGAUCCUGGCCACUGUGACGAGUACACGGCGGUCUUUGAACGAGAUUGAGAGGAUGUGCAAGUCGUCGCGUGGCUGGUGGGUUGUCUGGCUGCGCUUGCCUCCCUCACAGCCCUCCGCGCUCGAUGAGUCGAAAGACGAGAGCGAGAGGAGCGGGAGCGGGAGCGGGAGCGUGGCGUUUGAUACGGAUAAGUUGAGGGAAGCAUUCUUGGUCAGGCGAGCACGCGACGGCGAGCCCGCACAAGUGAAAAGCACAAGCAGCAGGAUCGUGAGCGGCAUGUGGAGCGGCAUGGGCAUGGGUGGUUCCAGUCAGAGCCAAAGGAUGGGUGGCAAGGCAGCCGGGUGGGGGCCGAAGGGGUUGUCGGAUGGAAUUGGCAUCGACGCUCGUCGGUACGUAGACGAGUUGUUGAGUUUGAACCGCUGAGAGGCGAACUAGCCAUUCUGUCGGAAUGCAAGAACACAGGAAUAUCCACACAGAAUGCAAGAACCUCCACAGAAGAAGCAACGUGUAAUAUGGAAGC